AUGAGGAAGGAAGGAUCUGUACUGUUCAAUGUUUUUAAAGGCUUUAAUCCAGAUGGAAAGAGAAGGUUGGAAGAAGAAAUUGGGAAGCUAGAAAGUGAGGAAUCACAAAUAUCUGCCAAAGAGCGAAUCAUCUUAGAGAAAAUAAAGGAGACAGAGAAAUCCUUUGAGGACUUGCAAAAGAGCUUCUCACAUCAGGAUGGUGAUGCGGUGAAUUACAUUUAUUCCCAGAUCCCUGAACUCCCGACUUUCUUUUCACGAACAACGGAAGAGCCGGGUCCCGGGAAGGACGGGACAAGCAGGGUAACUGCAUUGUACGGCAUGGAAAUUAAUGUGGAGAAAGACAGACAGACAGGAGAGACCAAGAUUCUCUCUACGUCCCCCAUCGGCCCAGAAGGAGCCCAUCAAAGAGGAAUCAAAGUCUAUGACGAUGGUACCAAAGUAGUCUAUGAGAUGCACCCUGGAGGUGCAGUGAUAGAAAAUGGAGUGCAUAAGUUGAGCUCAAAGGACGUAGAUGAACUUAUUCAGAAAGCUGGACAAUCAGGCCUAAGAGGAGGGACUGUUUCAGAGAGGAACACAAUAGCUGAUGGAAACCUCAGCCAUAUGAAGGAGCAGAUACUCUUCAAGGAGGCAAAACUGGAGAUGGUGCACAAAUCUAGCAAAAGACAUUCCGGGAAUCCUCGACACCAAGCGAAGCUCUCUGCGGACGAAGUCCCAGAAGCCAGUACAGAUCACCCUGUCACGAUGAUAUUUAUGGGUUACCAAAACAUCGAAGAUGAAGAGGAGACCAAAAAGGUGCUGGGCUACGAUGAGACAAUCAAGGCCGAACUGGUCCUCAUUGACGAAGACGAUGAGAAGUCCUUGCGUGAGAAGACAGUGACGGAUGUGUCGACCAUGGAUGGAAACGCCGCCGAGUUAGUUUCUGGCAGACCCACCUCGGACACAACAGAACCCUCCUCGCCAGAGGGGAAAGAAGAGAGUCUACCGAUGGAAAAACUCCCAGGUACAGAAAAGAAAAAGCGCUGUCAAUGCUGUAUUGUCAUGUGA